AUGGGUAUUACCUCAAUAGAUAAUAAACUGAGAAUGCUUUCUGCUUUUUCUGAGCUUGUACUCCUAAUGUAUCGCAUACAUCUCGACGGAUUGUAUGAUUACCCUGCCGAACAAUAUCGAAUAUCUACUGCUUCUCCGCUAUUGACUUCACAGGGAUGCUCUGUUAUUCAGAACUACGAACUGCUGCAGCAUCCUCUCGAUGGCCUGUAUAGUAGACAAAAAAGCCUAACAGACCCAAAAUAUACACCGAUGGAAGUGAAUCCAUUGUUACAGGGUCCUGUGAACAGGGCAUAUGUGCCGGCACCGCAUUCCGCGAUGCCCGAGUAUUGUUCUCGAAUAUCUUUUCCUCCGCAGGAGUCAUAUAGCAAUAGAGACGCUCAGCCUCCAUUACCACGCUAUUACCAAAGCCAGGCCUAUGCUAUUUGCCAGCGCAAGGCUACACGAGCACAGCAGGCUUGCGAUCAAUGCCGAACAAGGAAAGCAAGGUGCGAUGAAGGUCGGCUGUUAUGUAGUUAUUGCAAGGAGAAUAACUUAAGCUGUGUCUACAAAGAAUAUGGGAACAAUUUCAAUUCUAUUCUGGCAAAGAUUGACGCCAAGUCCGCACCUAAGAAGCCACGGAAGCCGGCAGUCCCGCAAUUAGCAAAUAAGUAUAUAAUCGAUAUUCAGGAGUCCAAAGCCAAGGAUAAGAAUAUCGCUACAAUACAGAAGCAGACACCAGAAUCAACUGAAAUGGUCACAGAGCAAGUUGUUCCCUCUGGGGAGGAUGGUGAGCUCUCAAUCCCUGUAGAGUAUACAACGGCGGCUUAUAAAUUGCUGUUGUGGCCUUCUAUUCGGAACCUCCUUUGUCCAAGAGAGUAUGAUGAGGAUUAUGUGAUGAAGCUUGAAGAAGAAAGAGGCUUAAUUUGUAUCUAUAGUUGUGGAGAGGGAGAUGAGACCAGUGAAGACAAUAGCUUGUCGCCUCCGCCAACAACCUUGAGUAUCAGCUUCAAUAAAAACCAGCUAUACUAUCCGAUACCACCCUCUAAUGGACCUUGGGGGGUGUAUAUAAACCAACCCCAGAUUAAACUUGAAAACAAAGGGCUUGACGAGAACGGUAUGCUAACUGUGGACUCUGAUAUGCUUUAUCUGUUUCUUGAUCAGAACGAUUUGGAGAACAAAGUUAAUUAUUUUAUCAGGUUGUACUGCCUAUUGAAAGGUCCUAUGCUGUCCCGAGGAGUACUGAAUAAUUAUGUGAAUGAGAUGCCCCGAGGUACAAAACGAAAGUGUCCAUGCAAAACCUUACAGGGUGUGGAAUAUAAUGUGCAAUCUACUGCUGAACAGGGUAGUAGCCGGCAGAUAGAAAAGUCUAUCUAUAAUGUCAUUAUUCUUCUGGUUCUCGCGCUUGGCAGUAUCUGCGAAGCCAAUCCUGUGCCCGGCCCAGUCAUAGACCAGCCGGUGGACUUCCGAAAAGAGAUAAUAUCUGGUCCUUCUAUGCACGGUAUACUAUUGCUCGCAGGUUCAGAUUCUCUUUCUCAGUCGCAAGGUAGCGGCUAUAUCACAGAAAGUUACACCUUUGUAUCUCCUUUAUUAGUGGGCAAUCGACAGAGCGGUGUCGAGGGGAACCUAAUAUCCCAAGAUAAAAACUCGGAUUAUAUUCCCGGCUUAGUAUUUUAUAUAUACACUACCCAGAUCCUCGGAACCUUAUUAGCAGGGCUUUACGCAGGCCAGCUAGCGUACCCCUCCCAGAGCCAUGGAUGGAUACAUCAAGUCGGCAGGGCUUGCGAAAUAUCUGAUGGCUCCGACAAGGACUUAUACAAUUUUGUUAAUAUACUAGCAGAACUUGAUCUUCCCGCUAGCGGUAUAUUACUCUGGGAAGCUCGCAUCUCCUUCCCAAAAGGAUGGUUUACUCCUGAUCUUCCAAAUAGAAUUUCCGCCUCAAGCCCUAUGACAAUGUUUUACUAUUCCGCCCAGAUUUCUCUAAGAAAGAUCCUUAACUGUGUUUAUACUGAUUUGUACAAAGCUAAUAGACAAGGACAUACCCAUUGGUUAUGGCAGGUUCAAAGAAUUUUAAGUAUGAAUCUUGAACUUUGGCGAAACAAUCUACCUGAUGCGAUGAAAUGGAAAGACAUAGAUCCACUAUUAGAAGAUAUUAACGUCGCGCGGAUGCGAGUUAAGUACUAUGGUAUAUGUUAUAUUAUCUAUUGUCUCUUACUGUAUUAUGCCCUUCACCACUAUGUAUUAUCGGAUAGUCCGUCUAUCGAAGCUACUGCUAUGGCUGCUUCUAAAUUUCAAGAUGCCACGAAUAUGAUAUCUCUGUCAAGUAAUAUAGGUCCUGUAUCUGGGUUUACAGGGGCUGUACACCGCGACUUGCCCACAAAGCUACGAAGAGCUUGUAAAGUUUGUAUUGAUUCAGCUAUACUAAGUACAGUGGCCUUUGAUGGUAUAAAAGGCUGUCCAGUAGUGACCAAUAUUUUCGGCAUUGUCUAUGCCCUCUUAGAAUUAGUGGAUCGAAACGAGCUCAAGAGAUUUUUUAAGUGA